AUGAAGUUCACUAACUCCUUGUUGAUCUCUGCCGUCGCUGCCGUCGCCGCCGCCGUCUCUGAAUCCUCAACCGUUAAGACCAUCACUGCUACCAACGGUGGUCACGUCUACACAAAGGUUGUCACUGACACUGCUGACCCAAUCAUCACUGCUUCCACCACCAGAACUACUACCUACACUGAAAACGGUGCUUCAUACGUCAAAACCUACACUGAAGGUCCAGACACCACAUCUGUGAAGUCUACUACUUCCAAGGUCACCAUCACUAACUCUGAUAACGGUGCUACCUACACCAAGACCAACGUUGUUGCUAUCUCUACUGAUAGCGAUGAAUCAUCCUCAUCCUCAUCCUCAUCCUCUUCUUCCUCCUCUUCUGCUGAAUCUUCCACAUCUUCCUCCGCUUCCACUUCCUCCGAUGCCGCUGGUUCUCUAGCCGUCAACGCUGGUGUCUUGGCUGCUGUCGCUGCUUGUUUGUUGUAA